AUGCCUCAUGCGCACUCGAGUUCAGCGGCGAGCUCGGGCGGCGACGACCUGGGCUCCACAGAUGAGGUGAAGGUGUUUAAAGACGAAGGUGACGGAGAAGACGAAAAGCGAAGCUCUGAAAACCUUCUCGAAGAGAAGUCCAGUCUUAUUGAUUGGACCGAGAGUGAGGAAAAAUCGGGUGAACCUUAUUCUGGAAAAUUAUCUGUGAAAUCAGAUUUAAGUCCUGUUUUUGGUAAAUUCGAGCCGCAUCCAGCUGCAAGUUUUAACAUGGGCUACCUCGUGACACCGUACCCCUAUCCCAACGGUGGAGCGCAUCCCCUGCCCGUCUCUAUGACCAGUAAGAUGGGUCUUCCUGCAGGCGGCGGCCUUUCGCUAUUCUGCCCGGGAGGUGACUUAGGGCAACCACCACCUGCGCAUAUGGGCAUCCCUCCACCCUAUCAACUGGACUCCAAACUGGCGGGGUUAGCGCGGACACCCAUGUACCCUUUCCCAGGGGGUACAUACCCUUACCCUAUGCUCAGUCCCGAGAUGUCACAAGUAGCGGCGUCGUGGCAUACUCCGAGCAUGUAUCCAAUUUCUUCGGCGGCCAGUGGCUUCCGAAGCCCAUACCCCACCUCUCUGCCAAUCAGCAGUUCUAGUCUUUCAAGUGAGUUAUAUCGGUUCUCGCCGACGUUGGGCGGCGGGCUGGGGCUUGGACUGAGCCCAGCGUUGGUCCCAGCGCCGCCAUCAAAAGUGGACAUCUUUUCACACCAUCCAAGAUCACAGGUAGAAAAGAGUAGUGGUAGCAGCGCAAGCGAAAAACAAUCCGAAGGUACGGCUAGCGCGAACAAUAAAGAGCAAAACAAGAAGCCUCACAUAAAGAAACCCCUAAACGCCUUCAUGUUAUACAUGAAAGAAAUGAGGGCAAAAGUUGUAGCUGAAUGCACUCUUAAGGAGUCCGCAGCGAUCAACCAGAUCCUUGGCAGACGGUGGCAUUCAUUGAGUCGCGAGGAGCAGGCAAAGUACUAUGAGAAAGCGAGGCAAGAGAGACAGCUCCAUAUGCAGCUAUACCCCGGGUGGAGCGCGAGGGACAACUACGGUUACGGUUCCAAAAAGAAAAAGCGGAAAAAGGACCGAGGUCCCGCUGAAUUGGGAGGAAAUAAUUUGAAGAAAUGUCGGGCGCGAUACGGCCUUGAUCAACAAAACCAAUGGUGUAAACCUUGCAGGCGGAAGAAGAAGUGCGUACGUUACUUAGAAGCGCUGGCGGCGGCGUCGGGGAGCGUGCCGCACCCGAUGGCGACUCCCCAGUCGCCCUGCUCUGAGGAGGACGUGAAGCUGGAGGAGUUGUCGGACGCGUCGAGCGACGGGGAGGCCGACACGCCGCUCAACUCGGCGUCGAGCCCGGGCGGGCUCAGCGCGCUGUCGUCGCUCGCGUCGCCCGCGUCCGACCCGCCGCCCGCGCCGCGCCACCCCGUCGGCACCAACCCGCGCGACGCCAACAACCCGCUGUCCGUCGGCCAGCUCACCUCGCAGUCCUGGCCGCGCGCUGCCCAGACCCGGCCCGGACACGAGGUCAUAUCGGUGUCCUAG